CAUAGCUUUUGUCAAUGACUUAAUGGCUUGACACAAGUCGCUUCGUUUCACCAGCCAUACAAGCAUCAGCCUCCACGAAACAGUCACACAGCCUCCACAUGAAACAGUGUUCAUAGAAGAAGGUCUGCACAUCACAUCAGCACGGACUCACCACACACAGUGUUAGUUCACACACUCCAUACAGCCCAUUCGCAACGUGCAGUUAACGGAUCACACUCAGCAGCAGGCAGACAGAGGAAACACAUGUUGUCUGUCUAUCCCUCUGUCCCCCUCCUGUAUCCUAUUUAAAACGACAGUCGACACACACACACAUAAGCUGGUGGCGAAGCCGCUCAGGACACCAUGAUCCACCCCAUCUGUCCUGCCCCCUAUUCACCUCUGCUGCUCCUUCCGCCACACCAUGCCCCCCAAGUGAUCCCCCAACACACUCAUCACGGCACUGUGCGUGCUGGUAUAGGGUAUACGCGGGGAGUCGGUCGACCAGAUGGAAACAUAGCCGCCCUGGUCGUGAGCGACCGUGGGCUCGUUCGUGAAGAUAUCCACAUGCACUGAAUGAAGCCCCGAAUCCGUCAGCCGGACAAGUGCCAUGAGCCCCUCGCCCAUCACCUCACUCCCCAGCACCACCAGCCGCUCAUGCCAUGGCCUCACCCACACCUGCCACUUCCUGUCGAACACGGCCGCCCCCGCCCCCCACUGUGCCGCAUCGCUGGGAGGGGCCGCGAGCAGCUCACACACACGCCGAGAUGCAGGAGAAUCCCGACAGUAAGACGACAGGCUUCUGAUUAAAGUGAUACGGCUGUGCUCGCCGUAACGAAGCCAGUCGAUCAGAACGAAUGCCACCACCGAUGUGUAGUUGGCGUACACGUUGCCUUCGAAGAAGGUGGGCGGGUCGGCGGCGUCCAAUGUGUCCUGAGGGAAGAGGCGGCUGGGUGCGGCGAGGAGGGCGGGGGGGCCAUAGCUCCAGCCAUGAAGGCCAUUGUUGCCGUACAUCAGCUGUCUUUGCUGGCCUCUAUGGUGGACAGUGAUCGCUCCACUGAGUAUUCUCCAUUGGCGGACCGCCUCGGUCUCGCCGAUGAAGGCCUCCCGGCUGCCGAACGCGUCGAAAUGCUCAUCGCCCAGCACCACUGGCCGCUUGCCGCGUAUGUGAUAGAGCAUCUCCAAAUGAGGCCGCCACCUCGCCCAAUCGCCGCCACGCUCCAGCAUCCUCAGUCGGCGGCUCAGCUGCUCGAUGGCGACUGCCAUGCGGCAGCCGUGGCUGAGUGCUGCCGGGAGCGGCAGGCGGGGGAUUACCCUCAUCAGGAAUGAGCCGAGGCCAGCAAUGGGCAGCAGCACACCCAAUACACGCAGAAGGAGGGGCAGGAGAAAUCGGCUGAGGGCGUUGCGAUGACUGGGGGCCACUGCAGCAGCCACGUCCAGGGCCAGCUGAGGAAUGGGCAUCUCCACCAGAGCACCGAAGCUGCUUUCCACCACGACGGGCAGCAGUCGGAUAAGAAUGGGCAGCAGGAGGGCGGAGGUGCGGAGGGUGGGAUGGGCGUCGAUGAGGGCCUCCAGCUGCGAAUAGCUCCUGACGUGCUCGGCAACCGUCGGCACUGCCUCCUCAGGUACGUCAGCGGCACUGAGAAGGCGAUCAUGCUGCUGCUGCUGCUGGUUCGCACACGACGCGUUGCUGGCACCUGAAGCACGAGACACACACACACGCACAAGCCUAUGUGUCUGCGUGAGUCUCCCUUUUGCAGCGUCACCCUUACCGGAAGCAGCUGAGGCAGCGGAUGAUGCUUUGCUAGAUGUGAGAGGGCCGUCACGAGCAGCAGUCGACAUCUGUAAGACACACACAGCACACAACGGAGACCACUCACUGUUUGAUUGGGCUCUCUUCCCUCCCUCCCUGCCCACACCUUUAGGACUGAUUCUUCCAGCCUUGUGAGGCACAGAUCUGCCACAUUGUCAACCACACAGCAACCACACGCACUGUCAUCGCUGGUUCCUUCGCGCCCCUCCUGCUGGAUCCUCGCACCUCAAUUCGUCAGAUCAGCGUCGGCCACAGAGAGCAGAUGACGACAUCUGAAUGGAUCGAUAUCAUCAGAAGGUCUUUGAUCAUCUCAGACACUUCCCA